UACACUGAUCAUCAGGGCACUGAUGAUCAGUGAGAGCUGGUAAUCGGCAUUCCUCGGAGGGGACAUGUACACAGAUCAUCAGAGCACUGAUGAUCAGUGUGCCCUGAUGAUCUGUGUACCCCAGCAGUGCCACCUGUCAGUGUCCAUCAGUGCAACAUCAAUGCCCAUCAUAUCCACCUACCAGUGCCCAUCCGUGCACAUCAAUGCCACAUAUCAGUGCCUAUCUGAGCUGCACUUUCAACAUGCCACCCCUCAGUGCCCAUCUGAGCACCUUUCAGUGUCACAGUCAGUGCCACCUAUUAGUGCCACCUAUCAGUGCCAGUCAGUGCCGCCUAUCAGUGUGCAUCAGUGCCGCCUAUCAGUGCCCGUCAGU